GCAUCUCGCGAUAACAUUACUGUCCAAGUGUUGGACACGUUUUUGGACAUGUCGCACUUUCUCCUCACAAGUGCCUCAGGACUGCCUAUGCUGAAACAGCUGUUUGACUUCAUUCUGUUGAACCCGGGAUUGUGGAUACGCGCCUACGGCCAACUUCAAGUUCGCCUCUUUUAUUACCUGUCGACAGACUUCGCUGAGAAUGCUCCGAUAUUCAACGGUGUUCGAAAAGUGACGACGAUCAUGCAGUUGCUGCAUGCGCUAAAGUUCUACUAUUGGAUUUUAGACCCUAGGGACAGGAGUGGAAUCUUACCUAAAUGCUCAGGAUUGGACCGACCAUCUACCGACGAUAUCUUAAAAAUUCGAUCUCAUAUUCUCGUGCUACUUUACAAAUUAAUUCUGAAAGGAGAACCGUCGUUGCAGAAGGACGACGAGCUGGAGGCUGUUUUUAACUAUCUGGUAACCGUUCACGAGGAUGACAAUGUCCUGGACGUUCUUCGCAUGCUUAUUCAACUUAUGUGGAAGACUCCAGCUGCAAUGGUGCCGGCUUUCGACAGAAAGAAGGGAGUGUGCGUAAUUUUCAAAAUGCUGGCUUCUGAAAGCGAGAUGGUCCGUUUAUCAGCUUUGAAGCUGCUGGGCUUUUUUCUCUGCAAAUGUACCACCAAAAGAAAACAGGACGUUAUGUCCACAUACAAUCUGUAUACUUUGCUCACAGAUAGGUUGCUGUUGAAUGUCGAUUCGAUCAGUGUCGUCACGUACAAUGUGCUGUUCGAGAUUUUGGUCGAAAAUAUGUCGCUGGAAAUCUUGAACGGAAGGCAUUCUGAACCAGAAAUGAGUUACAGGUUCGAAAAUCCUUUGGUGCUGAAGGUAAUCGCCAAUUUGAUCAGUCAGUCUCGUCCUACGCGUGAAAUGUUCGAGGUCAAGAAAGUGUUCCUCUCUGAUCUGAUCCACAUAAUCAUCCUGCAGAUGUCAGUGUGGCAGGUAUGGUUGAUUUCGCUGACGACCAUUUAUCCUACCGAUGAUAACGAAACGUUGAUCAUGAACUUGGUUUAUCAGUUGUUUUGCAUUUUGCUGCAUCACGCCAUAAAAUUGGAAUUCGGCGGUUGGCGUGUUUGGAUCGACACCCUGGCGAUAAUCCAUUCGAAGGCUUCCUAUGAGCGAUUUCGAAAUAGUGCGUGUUUAGCGAAAAACACUGUCAGUGCUGAAGUGGAUUCGCUGCCUGUUACGCAAACAAAUGGUUCGGAUGGCGUUGGCGGUUGUGGUGGUGGCCCGGUUCCUAAUGGAUACUGCAUGGAAGUGGCGCUGUUGGUCAAAGACAUGGUGAAUCAAGUUGCUAACGCAGAGGAAGCUGCGCGGAAGGCGACGUUUAAGCCUGAAGAGCCGAAGCCGAUCUACCGCAUUCCGGAAUUCACUUGGUCGCAGGCCCACGUGCGCUUGUUAUCCGACUUGCUGCUGGCCAUCGAAACGGAUAUCGCCACCUGGAAGAGCGACGGUUGCAGGCUUGUGGUUGACCAUGUGAACAGCAGUGAAAACUCGGUUUUCGUCAUCAACACCGUCCACAUGAUUUCGCAAUCAGUCGAUAAUCUGAUCAUGGCCUGUGGAGGCUUGCUGCCCCUUCUUGCUGCAGCGACGUCUCCUAAUACGAGAGAACACGUAAGUGGUUUUUGUCAUGGAAAGAAUUUUCAGAGCGACCUGGGAAUCGUCGACUCGAUCCAGCAAGGACUUCCGGUUACGGUGGCCGUGCGCUUUUUGAUCCGGUUCGCGAACCUGGCUGAUGUAAUUGUUUUUGGCACGGCCUGCAGUUUCGCUGAUCUCGAACAGGAGAAGAACAUGCCGGCUGGGUCCAUCCUACGGCAGAUACUGAGGCUAGUGAUUACCGUCGCCGUCAGGAAUUGCUUGGUUUCGCGUUACGAAGACUGUUACAUCAGAAAUACCAUGUCAGUUAAGGACUGCACGGUCCAGAAGUUGAUCAAGGACCUGUCAUGUGACGAAAAUGAUGCGGACCACGGAGCUCAUAAAUCACUCAUACAAGACCCCGAACGUGUUUUGCAGGACAUUGACAUAAAUCGACUGAAGGCGACGAUCUAUCGCGAUAUCGAAGAGUCUCGACAGGCACAGUUCAUCUCUCUAGCCACUAUCUACUUUCUCUCCGUUCUCAUGGUUUCUCGGUAUCGCGACAUCCUGGAGCCGCCAAAUUCGCCGUCGCCGUUUUACAACAGCCACUCAGCGGGUCUUAGAGUAGAGGCGACUGCGACGUUAGCCGAAUCUUCGAGCGGCAAAAGGAAUGGUAGCACUGACAGUACACGAAGCGGAUCAACUUCCAGCCUCGCCAGGUCAUCUCAGGCCGACAGCAAUGAACAGACGUCGAAAGUGCCUGAUGGCGGUGGCGACCAGUGCGAUGAGUCCAAUGAACCAUCCGCUCUCGAAGAUAUAUCUCUGAACGACACGCCACGAAUGGUCAACGGCUGCGGUCAGGAGUCGCCAGAUGAGGGGAUAUCUUCGAUAUCCGUCGAUCAGGAAACGAUCAGAAACGAUGCGACCACGCUGAACAGCUACGGUACAGAUCAGCUGAAGCUCGAAGCCGUUGAUCUGAUGGUGCCUAGAGAACGACAAGAGCAGCUGAGUUCCCGGCUCAAAUCUGCGUUGGACCCUAUAGCCCCCUUGUUUCGAGAAGUCAUGUCUGACUUUCAGGCCUACUUCCAGAAAACCUUACUUGGAACACACGGCCAGGAGAUCAUGAAUGACGCCAAAGUGAUGGCUUGCCUCCGCAACGUAAACGGUAAUGUCAUUGAGCUGGUGAUGCUGCUGUGCUCACAGGAAUGGCAGACUUCGCUUCAGAAGCACGCUGGCUUGGCAUUCAUCGAACUGGUUAACGAAGGCCGGCUGUUGGCUCAUGCGACCCGAGACCAUAUUGUUCGGGUCGCGAACGAAGCCGAAUUUAUUCUGAGCCGUCUUCGAGCGGAAGACGUUUCUCGGCAUGCAGAGUUUGAGGUUCGUUCGUCCAAUAGCGUUUUUUUUAUAGCGAUAUCAUACAUCUCGUUUUAUUUCAUUUUUCUAUGUUAUUUUCUUAAGAAAGUUUGCGCCAGCAAUGCGGUCAGCAGCAAAGACGAGGAGGCGACGUGUGAUUUGCUGAUAAAUGCCGCACGUAGACGAGAUUCGAUAAUCGCGCGACGGACGCUGGAAAAAAUCCUUCACAUUUUAUACAGUGAGCACGGCGCCUGGAGUCAGGACAAGAGGUGCUGCGCGUUUCUGUUAUUUGUACAGUGCCAUCCGUGCGUUACGAUUAAACAGCAGGUGUUCUGGAAACUGGACAUCUGGGAAGACGACUCACGCAGACGCAAGCGACUGGUGCCCAACCCCGUUGGGUCUUCCCAUGUAGAAGCCUGCAUCACCUCCUCGUUACCCGGCUCUCAGUCAGAGGACAAUAUGGAUAAAGCGAUAGAAAACUUGGAACUGUUCCUAGCAGAGAAGCGUCUGGUGUUGCCGUCGACUUUGCCUUCCUCGGCGAAAGAUCUUAUCACUGAAGCCGAGCUGAACCUGUUCACUGACGAGAAAGACGCCGAAGCUGAUCAAACGAAGGUCACUUGUUUCACCACGUCAUGCAAGUUGAUCGCGCCGGGGUUGGUUCUGCCGGGUAUCUUUUCAAUAACGUUUAACGAAAUGGCAUUUGACUGUAAAGAGGACGAUCCAGAAUUUCUGCGACAGGAUCCUAAAGCGCCGUUUGGGCUUCUAACUUGUGUAAUGGAUGGUCUGUUGGCUGGUGAUCGUGCACGUAACGCCGAUGACGAAUGA